AUGCACGCUGUCGCCAGAGUCAUGAAGACAGACAGUUCCUGUACAAAGAGCCCUGGGGAUAUUUGUAAACCAGGAAAGAUGUCCAAGUCCUUCACAGAUAUUUCCAGAUACUUCUCUGAGGAAGAAUGGGCAAAGCUGACCAAAUGGCAGAAAAGUACCUAUGUGUUUAUGAAAAGAAACUACAUCAGAAUGAGAGGUCUAGGGGUCCCAGUCAACAAACCAGUUUUUAUGCGUGUGAAGAAACAGAUCAGAGAACACUUAACUAAAGACUCUGAUGAAAAUUGUGGCCAUGAAAGUGAAGAUGAACAUUGUGAGCGGACAUUUGGUGCGGCACAGACCAGAGGCCUGAAG